GUAAGUUUAAAGAUCUAUCCCAUUCUCAAGAGUUUUGUUGUUGUCCGAAGCGUUCUGGUCCAAGUGAUCGUGAUGAUCGAUACAACUCAGCUUUUGAUGAUCGGCGCCCUCGCGGCGCUGGGGUACUUUAUGUUUAAUGGCUUGCGGCACGAUCCUCGUGAACCACCGUUUGUGACUAGCGGGAUCCCAAUACUAGGACACAUGUUCGGCAUGUUGUGGUAUGGAGUCGGACAUUGGGGUAAUCAAGCCAAGAAGCACCCCGAGCAUCCCAUAAUUAGCCUGGAUAUGCUCUUCACUAAGUUUUAUGUGAUCACUUCGCCAGAUUUGAUGCAGGCUGUGCAGCGCAAUGCCAAAACUCUCAGCUUCGAGCCGCUGCUUCUAUUUGGUGCCCGGAAUAUUUCCGGCAUCUCGAAUCCAAAGGCUCUGGAUAUCCUCAGGGAGACGGAUGCUGGAGGUCAGGGUCUGGGCACCAAGAUUAUGCACGCCAUGACCCCGACACUCGUGGGGAGACCUUUGGACCAGAUGAAUAUUCAGAUGAUACGUUUGAUCCAGCCAUUCAUUGAGAAUAUGGGCGAGACACCCACUUUUGACCUGUACGAGUGGUGUAAAGAUGCCACCAUGGCCGCCAGUACGGAAGCUACGUACGGCCCAAUGAACCCUUACAAGGAUAAGGACAUACAAGAUGCGUGGUGGGAUUUUGAAACUGGCCUUGGUGCCCUUAUCGCUAAUACGCUACCAUGGCUCACUGCUCGAAAGGCAUGGCAGGGUCGCCGGAAAGUUGCCGAUGCAAUUUUGAAAUACAUGCAAGAGGGCGGCCCAGCCCAGGGAUCUGAACUCACGGCUGUGCGAUGGAAAGAAUGCAUGGCAGGUGGCCUCAGUAUCGAGGAUUACUCCAAGCUCGAAGUCGGUAUGCUAAUUGCAUUCGUUUCGAACACUGUGCCGGCCAUGUUCUGGUGCCUCUUCGACCUAUACGAUCGACCAAAGCUUCUUGACGAACUACGAAAGGAGAUCGAGGAGAACGCCAUUGUCGUGGCUGCCGAUAGGACACACAGCAUUAACUUGACUGCCAUUCGGGAGCAGUGCCCUCUCUUGCUUUCCACCUUCCAGGAGAUUCUUCGCACCCGCUCCAAUUCCUCCCCAACGCGUCUUGUGACGAAAGACACGCUUCUUGCAGAUAAGUACCUUCUUAAGGCUGGAAAUACGGUCAGCAUGCCAUCGAAUCCAAUGGCACGGCGCCAGGAAGUCUGGGGUGAUACCUCUGAGUCAUUCGAUGAGCGUCGUUUCAUGAACUCUGGAGAGAAAAAGGACUCUCGGCGUCCGGGUGGAUUCCUGACAUUUGGUCUAUCACCAACCAUCUGCCCCGGCCGCCACUUUGCUAGCUCUGAGAUCUUGCUCCUGGUGGCCAUGGUCAUUCUUCGGUACGACAUCGUACCCGUUGGUGGUGUAUGGAAAGAGCCGAGCAAGGACACUUCGAGUAUGGUCUCAAUCAUGGGCCCCAUUAAGGAGAAGUUCCUGGUCAAUUCGAGCCCAAGGAAGGAAUACACAGGUACCAAGUGGGGAUUCCAUGUGGAGGAAGGAAAAGGGCAGUUCCCACUGGUCAUAGGGUAGAUGUUAGUAUGUUCUAUGGCAAUGAGGGGUUUACUUGAGGAGAUAUAAACACGCGAACACGAUGUCCACCGAUAGCAUGGGCGAAUCGGACUUGUAAAGCACAAGUAUAUGGGGAAGUGAUUUUAUGUACACCUGAAAAUAAUCUCGUAACAGGGUCAUAACACAAAGGGUUUGAAACAAGUGGCCACCACUAAAACGCCAGGGAAAUGCAAGAUGAACGGGAGCCAUAUUCGCGGAUAUCACACCACACGCAGCCGUCAAGCACCGUCGUGAAUAAAGCAGAGAACAGGAGAAAAUCUAUGCCUUUGCAGCCUUUGCAGCUCCACCCUUGCCCUUUGCCUUACGCUUGCUGCGGUCCCGCUUCUUCAAGCCAGUCAUACCGGCCUUGCAAAUAUCGGCAUAACGAGUGUAGAAUGCUUCCAGGUCACUAGCAUUCACAACUGUAGAGAACUUGAUCUUGUCCUUUGAUGAAGCCUUUUUGGUGAUCUUGCCAUUCUUGCUUUCAGACUUAGGGUUCGGGGCAUUGGUGUUGCCGUCGGUGGCACGGAUAAGGAUGGAUGGCGGGGCUGUAGAGACGCCGUCGAUGAGAGGCUUCUGGGAGAGGAACACCGAGCCGCGAGCCUUUUGAGAAGUUUUGGAGAGAAGGUCGGCGAGAGAGGUGAAGAACUGGUGGUAAUCAAUAUCAGCAUUGUCAUGGGUUACUGCGGGAGGUGGUCUUGUGGCCGAAUGUGUGGAAUUUAGCUCCCGAGAGUAUGAAAAGACUCAC